CACGGGACGCCGAUAGGUUGCAGACGUCACGUGAGCAGUGUUGCCCUGCUGUGAUUGGCUGAAUGUUGCGAGGCUUGGCGCCGCGGUGAAUAGCGAGGAGCGAUUUGUCAGGUGAGCGCGGAGAUAGAAGAGAGCGGAGGUAAUAAAAAAAAUGGCAAGUGUUGGUGGUUGGGGUCAGACCACUAAGGUUCCAAGCUUUGCUCAGAUAUUGAAGAAGAAUUUAUCUCCCCAAGAGCCACCAUCUGCUGACACACAAAUAAAAGCUUGCCUAGCUUCAGCAUACUCUGAAACAGAGGAUGGAAUAGCCAAAAUUACUCAAGUCACCGGCAACUUUCCUGAACCUUUUUUAUCUAAAGUUCUGCCUCCAUCCACCUCACCUUUGACUCCUAAGAAGGUCCCUAGAGAAUUCAUUGUUAAAUAUAGACGGGGAGAAAUCAAUCCAGUUUCUGCUCUACAUCAGUUUGUACAAAUGCAGAGAAUGGAACUUGUGCUGAAAGAGACAGUAACUACAGGAAAUGUCUUUGGCGCUUAUUUUGCAUUCUGUGCAGUUGUUGAUGGAAUUCCAUACAAAACCGGAAUGGGGCAGAAUAAAAAAGAAGCAAGAGCAAACGCAUCUCAGUUAGCAUUAGAUCAACUGCUACAAUACGAGGAAUCUGAUCCGCAAGAUGCCACUUAUGUAACUGGACCGCCAUUAUUACCUGUGGAACCAGAUAUCCCAGUUGAAGCUUUAAGUUCUCCAAGACCUUGUGCUGGUAAGAGGUCUUUUGUUCGUGAAAAGAUAGCUUCUGUACUCAAGGAAAAGUUUUUGGAUCUGGUGGAAAAGUAUCCUCAGUUUAAGAGCUGUGGCAGUUCUUUAGCUGCUUUUGUCAUGGAAAAGGAUGGCCAGGAAUGGGAAGUAGUUGCAAUUGGAACAGGAGACUUUAACUAUAGUCAGAGCACACUGAAUGAUGGAAGAAUUCUUCAUGACUCGCAUGCUAUUGUGUCUGCCAGGCGUUCACUACUCAGGUAUUUCUAUAGACAGCUGCUACUUUUUUAUAGUGGAAAUACUGUUAUGAUGAACAAAUCCAUCUUCAUCAGACAACCAGAAACUGAUCUUCUUUCACUGAAACAAAAUUUAAACCUCUACCUGUAUAUGAAUCAGCUUCCAAAAGGAGCUGCACAAAUCUCCAAUCUAGAUCUUAGCCCUCAUUCUCUUUCUGCACAAGAAGCAAAUGACCAGCUGAGUCUUCAUAUUUCAGUGGAAGGCAAAAGUUACCCGGUUUUUUUCCAGCCACAGGACAUUACUAAUCACAUAAGCAGUAUAUCUGCCACUGAUAAGCUUACAAAAUGGGAAGUCCUGGGAGUUCAAGGAGCACUGUUGAGCAUUUUCAUACAACCAGUGUACGUUUACAGCAUUAUUGUGGGUGAUGCAAAUUGUAACAGUACCAGAGGACUGGAGAUUGCUCUUAAACAAAGAAUUGAUGAUGCAUUUACAUCAAGAUUGCCAAUGUUUUAUCUAGUAAACAAACCCUACAUAAGCAUUGUUACAGCAGCAAAUUCAGUUCAGACUGCCUCUGGGAACUGCUUCUCUCUUAACUGGUCACAAGGAGAUAGUUCACUGGAAAUAGUGGAUGCUUUGCUGGGAAAGAUAACUAAAAGUUCACCAUUUAAAAGCGGACACACUAUGGCAAGUCGUCUUUGCAAAGCUGCAAUGUUAAGCCGGUUUAAUUUACUUGUUAAAGAAUCGAGAAAAGAGGACAUAGGUUGUGGCCUGACAUAUCAUGAAGCAAAGAGACGUGCUUUACCAUACCAAGAGGCCAAAUCCUUACUAAAAUCCUAUUUGAAAGAGCAUGGUUACGGAAUUUGGAUUGAGAAGCCAGAUAUAAUUGGAUUCUUCACAGUGUAAUCAUACUCUGUAUACAAAUGUUCCAGUUUACCUCUCAAUUUUUUUUUUUAAUCCCUUGUGUUGUGUAACAUGUUAUACAAACCUGACGUUUGGGUGCUUGUAAAGAAUAUUUUCGUAAUUAUUUCAAUUGUAAUACUUUAACUAAAAGUUAUUCAUGCUACCUACACUUUUUAGAUUGUGUUUAGUCAUUAGCAGAUUUGUUUAAUAGUGUAAACGAGCAUAUUAUGUUAUCUAACAAUGUAUACAUUUGGUUCUUCCAUUUUUUAGACCUCAUGUAUAUGAACAUCAGCUUAAACGUGCUUGAGUAUAAAAUGCACGGCUCAUUCCAGCAGCCAGGGAGCCUCAGGUACUGCAUACAGCCAGCUUUAUGCAGCCAAACUUUUUAUGAAUGGUGUUCGCUUUUACAUUUGCAUCUACCCAUGCAUGUGUGUGUACAACAUAUUUUUUUCAAAUGCAAAAGUAGAUAGUAUUGGGAAAUAUACUGCAUGUCCAUGUCCAUGUGCAGGAAAACACCAGUGCAGAAGCUAUCAGUAUUCACACAAUUACAGCCAUGUACAGCAGUUCACUUGUAUUGGUGGCUGUAUGCAGCAUUUGCAACUCCUCUGGUGCAGAAAGCUUGAGGACAUUUAAGCUAAUAAACAGCUGUUGUGCAUGAGGCCAUAAUAUAAUAUCUCACAAUUAACAUGCUACCUACAUAUGAAUGAAGUUUGUCGAGGCAGAAAAAUUGAUGCUGCCAUUGUUGCCUCCUCUUCUGAGGCAGUUGCAUCUGUCAUUCAUGCAAUACCUGGUGAAUCCCUGACCUGGAAUAAGUGUAAUUUUUUUCAGUGUCAGAACCCCUAAUAUGCAUGUUCCAGGCCAUUUAUUCAGUGGGGACAGAAUAAAGAUGAAGGCCCUGGAACAUGCACCUGCAAAAAUACUUAGGAAUAAUGGCCUCAUAUAUUUGUCGUUUUAAACAAAACCUGAAAAGGCUAGCUGCCUGGAAGUAAGUAUCUGGCUAUACAUUCAAAGUGAAGAAAUGUCGUCAGCACACCAAGAAUUCCUCGAAAGGGUCCAAAGCUUUAUUCCGUGGGUACAUGAUAAAUAUACAGCAAUUUUUCAGAACCACGCAGAGUCCCUUCAUCACUGUCUGAUUCAGGGGCCCUGCAUGGCUCUGAAACGUUGCUGUAUAUUUGUCAUGUGACCACAGAAUAAAGCUUUGAGGCAUCCUUGGUGUGCUGAUGACAUUUCUAUACUUUGAUUAUCCACGGUUUCCAGCCUAUGGUCAUUACAGCACCCAGCAUCACUGAACAGCUGGUUUUCUUGAAUGUGUGCGUGGGGAAUAUUGCGUUUGGCUAUACAUUUGGUCCCCAACUUGAAGCAUGUUUGCAACAGGAGAAGCCCGAAAAAAGUCAGAACUCCCGAUCAUAGCCUUUGGAUUAGCAUAUUAGCUAGACAACAAGCAUUUAAAAAAAAAAGUUUAGCACUGGCGCCAUGCAACUUUCUUAAAGUACAAAUUUACUUUAGCAAUUACUGAUAUGUUUAAUCUUUUGCAUUAAGCAGUUCAAUUUAAAAAAAAAUCUUUUAAAAAUUAGUGAUUGUAAAUGCUCAAUUUUUUUUUUUCCCCCUUAAAAUAAAAUGAUGUACUUGCCUGAUUUGUGGUCAAUCCUCCUCUUUUAGGACCCCCCGCCAACGCUUCUGUCCCCUUCUCGGUGUUCCACCAUAGGAAGCCGUUUCCAUUGAAGGCACUACUCGGCCCUGCCCAUAAGUGUUUAGAAAAGGGGGGAGAGAAAUACUGGGAAUACAUUAUGGUAAAAAAAAGGGCUUUAGAACCACUUUAAUUUUCUGUAACUUUUUCUUUUUCUUGUGAGCCAAGAUGCGUAUGUUUCACAAUAUGUCAUUGUGUGAUCUAAUAGACUUGAUACUGUGCUGUAGUUUUUUCUCUGUUCCAUAUGCAUCAAAGUAGUGGUCAGCUCACUAUUCCUACAUUGCUGUAAACCGAUUUCAAAUAUGAACACAUUCAAAUGUGUUUCACAUAAAUGUUGAAAAUAAACAUCGGUUUUGUUGAUACAAA